GCGUAUAAAAACUAUACAUGUCAGGCUCUUAAACGUAGUGAAGCACCCAGCGCCGCAGGGGACGGUUAUAAGCACAGCCAGACACAGGCCAGACACACGCCGCCAGGUGCACCACCAGAACCAGCCCCAACGACACGAUGAGGCUGAACGCCACCCUCGCCAGCGCCGCGUGGCUGCUCCUCGCCCUCGCCCUGCCCCCGUCAGCAGCGCGGUUCGCGCUCGCCCCCGUCCGGGCCCAGCAGGUCACCGAGGCCGACCUGCUCUACUUGUUCGACAGGCCCGCGGAGCCGGUCUUCACGCUCCGCGGCCUCAACCGGGACAUCGCCUUUGACGUCCCAGUCUCGUACUUGCCCGAGCGCUACAAGGCGGUGGCCACCACCCUCGCCGCGACGGCGCGAGGCAGCGGCGUCCGCCUCCUCUCCAUCCCGGAGCUGGACAUGACCCAGGCAGCGCUGGACUUCGCCGACAUCGCCGCCGCGCUACCGUUCCGGGAGGGCAAGUACAGCCGUGCCAACCCCGCGCAGCUCGCCUAUGCCAUCCGCUUCCAGAAGUUCUUCGAAGCGGCAAACACCAACGAGGAGAUGCUGUCGCGCGGCGUGUGGGCGCGCCUGCACUACCACCCCGAGGUCGUGCUGGACGGCUGGCGGGGCGCGCUCUCCCGACGCGACGGCGCGCAGCAGGGCGUGCAGCUGCCCGAGCAGACCCAGUACUUCCCGGAGAUGUACGUCGACGACAAGUUCUUCGCCAAGGUCCGCGAGGAGAUGUUCGUGGUGCCGGAGGGGCAGCGGCUGGUGAUCCCCGUGCUGCGCAACGAGACGCAGCGCAACACGGCCGAGAGCAAGACGUGGUACUGGCUGGAGGACACACACCUCAACAUCUUCCACUGGCACUGGCACAUCAACUACCCGCCGGGCGAGGACGACCGGGAGUACGUGGACCGCGACCGCCGCGGCGAGCUCUUCGUCUACUUCCACCGGCAGAUGAUCGCCAGGCUCAACGCGGAGCGCUUCGCCAACGGCGUGCCCCGAAUCCUGCCGCUCGACAUCCACGAGCCCGUGGCGGAGGCCUUCUUCCCGAAGAUGACGAGCCUCCACCAGAACAGGGGCUACCCCGGCAGGCAGGCCAACACCUCGCUCCUGGCACAGACGGCGGCGAUCAACUCCAUCGACUUGUGGACCAGCCGCUACAGGACGGCCCUCGCGCAGAAGUACAUGGUCACGCCCGAAGGAAAGCAGAUCCCCCUGAGCGGGCUGAAGGGCCUGGACACCAUCACAAACGCGCUCGAGGCCAACAGUCUGCUGUCGCCCAACCUGGACUUCUACGGCACCGUCCAUAACCAGCUGCACGGCGUGAUGGGGCUGGCGCACGACCCAAACCACGAAAACUACGAGACGAUAUCCACCAUGUCCGUGCUGGCGACGGUGCGGGACACCGGCUUCUACCGCCUGCACAAGCACAUGGACGACCUCUACGAGGAGUACAAGGUGGCCUACUUGCAGCCGUAUCAAACUAACGAGCUCACCUGGCAGGACGUGUCCAUCGAGUCGCUGGCCGUGCGCUCCGACGUGAGCCGCGCGCACAACGAGCUGCACACCUUCUGGCAGGAGUCGGACCUCGACCUGAGCCUGGGCCUGGCCUUCGCCGAGACGGGCCGCGCCUACGGCCGCUUCCGCCACCUGCAACACGAGCCCUUCAGCUACGAGGUGCAGGUGCUCAACAAGGGGCUGCGGGAGAAGCGCGCCUACGUCCGCCUCUUCCUCAUCACGCUGACGGACGAGGCGGGCCAGCCGCUGGAACUCGCCUACCAGCAGCGCUACGCCAUCGAGAUGGACCGCUUCGAGGCGACGCUCGAGCCCGGGCUCAACGGCAUCCUCCGAGAGUCCACCGCCACGCCGCUCACCGCCGACCAGGACGCUAUCUACACCACGCAGACCUCCUUCUGGGGGGCGCGACGCGUCAACCGCUGCCGCUGCGGCUGGCCGCAGACCCUGCUCGUGCCCAGGGGAAACGAGACCGGCGUCACCUACAAGCUCUUCGCCAUGGUCACCGACUACGACCAGGACAAGCAACCCGCGUCCGCCAACGAGAUCUGCCACGACGGCUGGAUCCUCUGCGGCGUUCCCGGCAGCGACUACUACCCGGACGCACGCGCCAUGGGCUUCCCCUUCGACAGAGCCUUCCGCCCGGAGGUCAAGACCCUCGACGACUUCCUCACCGAUAAUAUGGCCGUCCAGGACGUCGUCGUCAAGUUCGACGACACCCGCGUCGACCCGCCAUCUGAUCUGCUGCCCGGAGGGGUGUCGACCAGCUGGAUGCCGUGAAGAAGCCUCAUGUCUUUCAUCCGCAAUCACUCAUGAAAGAAUCACAAAUAUAAAAAUAAAAGGUUAAUGCACUUAGCACGGUACUUCUCACUGGAUGAAUGUGAGAUCUCAAGAGAGCCGUCGAUACUAGGUGCAAAAAAACGAUUAAAUAUUAGUUUUGAAUCUCUUA